AUGCGGACACCGAGGGCCUGCGGCGUCUGCGGGGCGGCCGGCGCGGCCAAGUACCGCUGCCCGCGCUGCGCCGCCGCCUACUGCUCCGUGCCGUGCUGCAGGACCCACAAAGAGCGAUGCACGCCGGAGCCGAAGCGGGAGGAAGAGCGGGAGCGCUCGGCGGCCGGACAGGUCUUCCCCGGCGGGCAGCACCGCGGCGGGCAGCACGCAGACAGCCCCUGGUCGGUGGAGGACAUCCUGACAGAAGAUGACGAGCAGGACCGCGUCCCGCUGCAGAAACUCAAGCUUUUAGGGGAAUCAGAAGAACUGAGAGGCUUGCUUCUGAAUCCACAUCUCAGGCAGCUACUGCUGGCAGUUGAUCAAGCAGAAGACAAAAGCUCCCUCAUGAAAAAGUACAUGCAGGAGCCGUUAUUUGUUGAGUUUGCAGACUGCUGUUUGAGAAUUGUUGAACCUCCGGAGAAGGAGAACAUUCUUCCUGAGUGAGCUACUUUGGGAACAUUUUUCUUUCCUUGAGAUUUUUUCCCCUCUGACAGAAGAGAUUUGACAGCGCCCCGUGCUACUGUGGUGCACCAUUCUGUGUGUUUCCUCAAGGUUUGCUCACACUUCGUUCCUGGAUAUCAGUGCUCUAAUUUUCAAUUUAGAGUUGAUAAACAGUGACACAGUGUUGGACAGAUUUCUAGAUACUAGGAAUUAAACUUGAUGUUCUGUGGACUUGCUUUCUGUUGGUACAGAAAUACUGUCAACUAUGGGAAACGUUGCUUCCCAAUGACAAUUAGUAUUAAAUAUAUUUGCAUUAAUUUUA